AUGAGCACCAUUAGUACUUUCACUCCUGUAACUCAGUCUUCAUUAGUGACUCCCGCUUCACCAAAAAACAUUCCUCCGAAUCCUUUUGAGAGUGCCUUAGGCAAAUACUCGACCGUAAUUGGAGAAGAGAUUCGUAUCCCACCUCUUGUUGUCCAGGCGAGAAGAAGCCGAGCAACGCUGUCAACUCAAGGAUACGUUCCUCGUGUUGGACUAGCUGCUAAAGUAGAAGAAGCUGCCGAACAACUUGAAAAUCGAAGAUCAGCUUCUUGA